AUGAUAAGUUGCAGAUUGUUCGUAGUGCUAGCGUCACUACUCGUAGUGCCACUGUCGAAUGGAUUAUACUUUCACAUCGGCGAAACCGAACGCAAAUGUUUUAUCGAAGAAAUACCAGAUGAAACAACCGUAGUAGCUAAUUACAAGGUGGAACUGUACGAUCCACGGUCCGGCGGAUUUAUGCCAUCUUCUCCCGGAAUCGGAAUGCACGUCGAAAUAAAAGAUCCCGAUGAUAAGACGAUCCUGUCCCGUGUCUACAGCUCUGAAGGUCGCAUCUCUUUCACCUCUCACAUACCCGGAGAACACGUGCUGUGUAUGUAUUCUAACAGUACCGCGUGGUUCAGUGGAUCUCAGCUUCGGGUGCAUUUGGAUAUUCAGGUCGGAGAGCAUACGAUCGAUUAUGCCAAUGUUGCACAGAAGGAAAAACUAACCGAACUGCAGCUACGCAUCCGUCAACUAUUGGACCAGGUAGACCAGAUUACUAAGGAGCAGAACUAUCAGAGAUAUCGCGAGGAGCGCUUCCGACAAACGAGUGAUAGCACUAAUCAGCGUGUUUUGUGGUGGUCUCUUGCCCAAACGCUGGUGCUGCUGAUAAUGGGAUUCUGGCAGAUGAGGCACCUUAAGAGCUUCUUUGAAGCUAAAAAACUAGUAUAA